UAUUGGAUGCUGAUUGACUAAAAAGUCAUUAAAUUAUCACAAAUCUAGUUAGCUCCAAAAGCAGAAAACAAAUCCAAAAAACAAAAGAAGAAAAAGUCUCAAUCUUCAGGCUCCAUCAUCUUCAAUUCAAUUCAUAGUCUCCAUCUCUCUUCCUUCAUGGGGUCUGCAUCUGCGAAUCAUCCCUCUCAUUCUAUUCCUUAAAACAAAGUAGAAACCUCUUCCAAUAGCUUUAUCUUUCUUCACCACGCGUCUUCAAACCAAGAAACUUGACCCUGAAGGAGAGAGAGAGAGAGACUAUUAUUUAUCUAAUAAAAAGGUUUUAUUUUUCUCUCUCUAGAUUCUGUAAAUCGAGAUCAUUUUGGAUUGUUAGACUAUGCAUAGAUCUGGUACUGCAAUGGCCUGGAACGUGUUCAAGUUCUGUACUGCCUUACGUGGUCUCGGAUCAGUCAUGAUCUUAUUAGUUCUCGGUGUUGUCGGUGUUACCUACUACGCCGUCGUUUUAACUAACUACGGACCAGCUCUAUCGCAAGGAGGGUUUGAUUCUCUUGCUGCUCUUACCAUCCUUCUCCUCUUCCAUUUCCUCCUGGGGAUGCUGCUUUGGAGCUACUUCUCAGUUGUGUUAACUGAUCCUGGUGUUGUGCCUCCUAAUUGGAGGCCAGCUUGUGACGAAGAGAGAGGUGGUGAAUCUGAUCCGUUGAAUAGUAUGGAGUUUGAUAACUCAAACCCAAGAUUUAGAUUCUGUAGAAAGUGCAAUCAACCUAAACCGGAACGUUGUCAUCAUUGUUCUGUUUGUGGGCGAUGUGUGUUGAAGAUGGAUCAUCAUUGCGUUUGGGUUGUUAACUGUGUAGGAGCAUUGAAUUAUAAGUACUUCCUCCUUUUCCUGUUCUACACGUUUUUAGAGACGACACUUGUGACUUUGGCUCUUAUGCCACACUUCAUAGCCUUCUUUAGUGAUGAAGAGAUACCUGGAACACCGGGAACUCUUGCUACUACUUUUCUUUCAUUUGUUUUGAACUUGGCGUUUGCUUUGAGUGUGAUGGGUUUCUUAAUCAUGCACAUUUCUUUGGUAGCUGGCAAUACCACAACUAUAGAGGCAUAUGAGAAGAAAACAAGUGGAAAAUGGCGGUAUGACCUCGGUAGAAAGAAAAACUUUGAACAGGUAUUUGGAAUGGAUAAGAGAUACUGGUUCAUCCCAGGAUACUCAGAAGAAGACCUGAGGAGAAUGCCAGAGCUGCAGGGACUUGAAUACCCUUCAAAGCCAGACUUUGAUUCCCAGUAAAUGCUGAAGAAGAUAGAGUUUGAUCAUCAUCAUCACCCUCAUGUAAAACAACAAUACGUAGAAAUCAGAGAGACCCUGGAAAUGACAUUUGAAGGAGAAAUCUACUAGCUUUAAGAAUGAUUUAUUCACUUGUGGCAGUGUAGUAUUUUCUCACGGAUACCACAAACGUCAUUAGGCUUUGUAGUGGAGGAGGAUUACACAACUUGGCUUUGUUGCCUUGUUCAUCUUAUUAUAUAGAGUUUCAUCAUAUAUAGAUAGCUUUUGCUUUAAACAGCUUGUUUUCAAUGCUAAUUGUUUUUAUUAUAUAAACAAAACCUAUUUACAUUAGUAACAAAGUUUAUAUUUUUC